UGAUACCUUGGUGGCUGAAAUUCAGGAGAAAGUGGAGUCUUCAGAGAAUGAAGAAAAUCUAUCCAUUCACAAAUUGAUGAGGCCAAGUCCACCCUAAAAGUGUAUCAGAUUAGUACUGAGAGACUCAAGACAUCUGUUCAAGAUGCAGUAGAUGAAAACAGCCAUCUCCAGGAAAGUGAGAAACAGCUUUUACAAGAAGCUGAAGGAUGGGGUGAACAAUUUAGUGAACUAAAUGAAGAAACAAAGAUGUUUGAGUCUUCUAAAACAGAUGUAGAAGAAGUUUUGAAAAAUAGAGAGCCAAAUCAAGUCACUGACACAAUAUAUACUGAACAUGAAAGACUGGAGUUCAGCAAUACAGGAAGAUGGUGACACUGAAGACAACCACUGGGACACAGAUAUAAAGGGGGAAACAGAGAAUGGAGAGCACUUAGAUGAUGAGCAAAAAUGGACUGUAAAUAAAUUGAUCUAUGCUGCAAAGUUAAAUGCUUGUUUAAAGACCAUGGAAGCAGAAAGAGACCACAUGCAUUCAAAAGUGUCUGAUGAAAAUAAAGCUAAAGAAGAACUUAUGGAAUGCAUAGAAACCCUCCAAAGCCAGCAAGCUUCCUUGCAGUCUGAGAACGAAUCUUUUGAAAGCGAAGUUCAUAAGCUUCAGCAGAAACUUAAAGUAAUGAAUGACCUUUAUCAAGAAAAUGAAAUGAAACUACACAGGAAGUUGACAGUAGAAGAGAGGGAGCGUCUAGAGAAGGAAGAAAUGCUUUCUAAAGUAGAUGAAAAAAUUAUUCAUGCUGCUGAAGAACUUAACAGCUACAGAGAGCAAGCAAAGGACCUGGAAGAAGGGCUGGAGAGAACCAUUCGUUCUUAUGAGAAUCAGAUUACUUCACAUGAGAAAAAAGCUCAUGAUAAUUGGCUGACAGCCCGAGCAGCUGAAACUGUGGAGGAGGAGGAAGAGGAUCCAGAGGACCAGCUGCCAUGUACGAAGCUGGAAGUGAAAGAGGAGAGCUGA